CUUCUUCUACAUAUAGGAAGGGACUAACACUACUUGCGCGUUCUCCAUCACCGCACCCUCUCUUCAGCCCUCUGCUUUCGUCACUCCAUGAUAGCACCCUCGGACGCGGGACUCUCUGAUAUGGAGGUUCGGGCUUGGCUCGACGAUUCUUUGAAUUCUUACAUCGUUGGGUAUUACGUGCACGGUGUUUAUACCGGCCUUUUUGGAAUAUCAAUAUGGCUAAUCCUAGCUGUUAAGAGAAUCUCCAAGACACGAAUAUACAUGGGAUGCGUAAUCACUGCUUUAUACAUCCUUUCUACAAUCGCUGUGAUUGCCUCGUGGAUCGAAUUCAGCGAUGCUUAUGUCUUUGGAAUGUCUGCCCGAGCACGAUACGAUUUAAUGUAUUCAUCCACGUUGUUGGAAAUCAUAGGGUGUACAGCAUCAGCUCUGAACCUUAUAAUUGCAGACUGCACUAUAAUCUGGCGUUGUUGGGUUGUAUGGAUUCACAAUUGGAAGGCAGUGAUCCUUCCGGUUCUCCUUGUCAUAAGCGAGAUAGUCUGCGGAGGUAUUCUUUUACUUCGUCAGUUCACCGUGUCGUCGUAUGACAACAUUGUGCUAAAAUGGGCUCUGGCCACCAUGGCUACAACGUUGGGAACUAACAUUCUAUGCACCACUCUCAUUGUCGCACGCAUUAUUCAUGUUGCCAAAAUGCAUCGCGGUGUUAUGGGCAGCAUACGGACUUAUCGUGGUGUUAUAGGGAUCCUUGUUGAAUCGGCUGCACUGUAUUCCACCAUUUACGUGGUCCUGAUGAUACUCUAUCCUCUCGAGGGUAAUGGAUAUAUGUAUCCCCAGAUGUUGGUUUAUCCCAUCACCGGUAUCACACCUACCUUGAUAAUUGGACGAGUAGCCUCUGGACAAGCUCGUGCCGAGGACUCUUCACAUGGAGUUCAAUCUUCUUUACACUUUCAGACACCUCGUGGAAGCACUAUUGAAACGAUGACGGACGACUUAGAUGAAGAUACAAUAAGCUAUCAGAGAGAUAUGGAAGGAGCUACACCUAUUACAGGGCGGCUUGAGUCAUCUGGUGCCGAACUUGUUUGAAACAAAGGGAGAGAUAGUAAAUAGAUCAGCGCUGCGUAAAUGUAGCCACCAAUGAACUGCUCAUAAUCACAGUGGCGAUUGACUAUCUUGUCUAGCUUGAAAAGCACAAU